AUGAUGGCGGCGGCGGCGGCGGCGGCGCUGGCCCUCCCCCCCCCCCCCCAAGUGAUCGCCCAGAUGGAGAACGCAGCCGAAGUUCUGAUGGUACCACCUUCCAUGGUCAAUAAUGAGCAACGCCAGCACGCAGAGCACAUAUUCUUAUCAUUUAGGAAAUCAAAAUCACCAUUUGCAGUUUGCAAGCAUAUUUUGGAAACUAGUAAAGUGGUCUAUGUCCUUUUUCAAGCUGCCACAGCCAUUAUGGAAGCAGUUGUCCGAGAGUGGAUUCUCUUGGAAAAAGGUAGCAUCGAGUCACUGCACUUCCUUUUAACCUAUGUCUUACAGAGGCCUAACCUCCAAAAGUAUGUUCGGGACAUUCUAUUAGCAGUAGCAGUAAUUGUAAAACGAGGAUCAUUAGAUAAAUCAAUUGACUGCAAAAGCAUUUUUCAUGAAGUCAGCCAGUUGAUAAAUAGUGGUAAUCCCACUGUGCAAACCUUGGCCUGUUCCAUUCUAACUGCACUAUUGAGUGAAUUAUCAAGUUCAAGUAAAACUAGCAAUAUUGGGCUGAGUAUGGAAUUCCACAGUAACUGCAAAAGAGUUUUUCAGGAAGAAGACCUUCGUCAGAUCUUCAUGCUAACUGUUGAAAUCCUGCAAGAGUUCAGCAGGCGGGAGAACCUCAGUGCACAGAUGUCUUCAGUGUUUCAGCGGUAUCUUACACUCGCCAAUCAAGUCUUGAGCUGGAACUUUCUUCCUCCCAAUUUGGGCAGACAUUAUAUAGCUAUGUUUGAAUCACAAAAUGUGCUGUUGAAGCCAACAGAGUCCUGGCGGGAGACUCUUCUGGACAGCAGAGUUAUGGAACUUUUCUUCACAGUACACCAAAAAAUCAGAGAAGAUUCAGAUAUGGCACAAGAUUCUCUGCAGUGCCUUGCCCAGGUAGCUUCUCUUCAUGGACCCAUCUUCCCCGAUGAAGGAUCCCAAGUCGAUUAUCUAGCACACUUUAUUGAGGGAUCACUCAAUACUAUCAAUGGGAUUGAAAUAGAAGAUUCUGAAGCUGUGGGAAUCUCUAGCAUUAUCAGCAAUCUGAUAACUGUGUUCCCUCGAAAUGUUUUAACUGCCAUUCCCAGUGAACUUUUCUCCUCCUUUGUUAACUGCCUCACACACCUCACUUGUUCUUUUGGGCGAAGUGCUGCACUGGAAGAAGUGCUUGAUAAGGAUGACAUGGUAUACAUGGAAGCAUAUGAUAAACUGCUGGAGUCCUGGCUAACUUUGGUCCAAGAUGACAAACAUUUUCAUAAAGGCUUUUUUACCCAACAUGUAGUCCAACUUUUCAAUUCCUAUAUUCAGUGCCACUUAGCCGCUCCAGAUGGCACGAGGAAUUUGACUGCCAAUGGUGUAGCCUCUCGUGAGGAAGAAGAAAUAAGUGAACUUCAAGAAGAUGAUCGAGACCAGUUUUCUGAUCAACUAGCCAGUGUAGGAAUGCUAGGAAGAAUUGCUGCAGAGCACUGUAUACCUCUUCUGACAAGUUUAUUAGAAGAAAGAGUAACAAGACUUCAUAGUCAGUUACAGCGACAUCAGCAACAAUUACUUGCUUCAUCUGCUUCAAGCACCAUUAACAACAAAAUGCUUGAUGAUCUCUGUGAAGAUAUUCACUGGCUUAUUUUAGUUACAGGCUACCUCUUAGCUGAUGAUACUCAGCGAGAGACUCCGCUAAUACCUCCAGAAAUAAUGGAAUAUUCCAUUAAGCAUUCAUCUGAAGUUGACAUUAAUACAACACUUCAAAUUUUGGGAUCUCCAGGAGAAAAGGCUUCUUCCAUCCCAGGGUACAACAGAACAGAUUCUGUGAUUAGGCUGUUAUCUGCUGUUCUAAGAGUUUCAGAAGUUGAAUUUUGAGCAAUAAGAGCAGAUCUCACUCAUCUACUAAGCCCUCAAAUGGGCAAAGAUAUUGUUUGGUUUCUAAAACGCUGGGCCAAGACAUACCUCCUGGUGGAUGAAAAGCUAUAUGAUCAGGUAAGUCUGCCAUUCAGCACAGCAUUCGGAGCAGAUACAGAAGGUUCUCAGUGGAUUAUUGGCUACCUCUUACAAAAAGUCAUCAGUAACCUCUCAGUCUGGAGUAGUGAACAGGACCUUGCAAAUGAUACUGUGCAGCUCCUUGUCACUUUGGUGGAAAGGAGAGAAAGGGCAAACUUAGUAAUUCAGUGUGAAAAUUGGUGGAACCUAGCUAAGCAGUUCGCAAGCCGAAGCCCACCUCUUAAUUUCUUGUCAAGUCCCGUGCAGAGGACCCUGAUGAAGGCUCUAGUCUUGGGAGGCUUUGUACACAUGGACACAGAAACCAAACAACAGUACUGGACAGAGGUUCUUCAGCCACUGCAGCAGCGAUUCCUGAGAGUGAUCAACCAGGAGAACUUCCAGCAGCUGUGUCAGCAGGAAGAAGUCAAGCAGGAGAUCACUGCCACACUCGAGGCCCUCUGUGGCAUUGCUGAGGCUACCCAGAUUGACAAUGUAGCCAUUCUUUUCAACUUUUUAAUGGACUUUCUUACCAAUUGCAUUGGGUUGAUGGAAGUUUACAAAAAUACCCCAGAAACUGUCAACCUCAUUAUCGAAGUUUUUGUUGAAGUUGCACAUAAACAGAUAUGCUAUCUUGGAGAGUCCAAAGCUAUGAACUUAUAUGAAGUCUGCCUUACUUUGUUGCAAGUAUAUUCUAAGAACAAUUUAGGGCGGCAAAGAAUAGAUGUUACAGCAGAAGAAGAGCAAUACCAAGACCUACUCCUCAUAAUGGAGCUUCUUACUAACCUUCUGUCAAAGGAAUUUAUAGAUUUCAGUGACACAGAUGAAGUAUUUAGAGGACAUGAGCCAGGUCAAGCAGCAAACAGAUCUGUGUCAGCAGCUGAUGUUGUUUUAUAUGGAGUAAACCUAAUUCUCCCCUUGAUGUCACAAGAUCUUUUGAAGUUUCUAACCCUUUGUAAUCAAUACUACAAAUUAAUCACCUUUAUCUGUGAGAUUUUUCCUGAAAAAAUACCACAGCUUCCUGAGGAUCUGUUUAAAAUUUUGAUGUAUUCCCUAGAAUUAGGAAUGACGUCAAUGAGCUCGGAGGUGUGCCAGCUCUGCCUGGAGGCCUUGACACCCUUAGCCGAACAGUGCGCAAAAGCCCAGGAAACAGAUUCACCACUUUUUCUAGCAACUCAGCACUUUCUUAAGCUGGUUUUUGAUAUGCUUGUUUUACAAAAGUACAACACAGAGACGACUACUGCAGCGGGUGAAGCUUUCUACACCUUGGUGUGUUUGCUUCAGGCUGAAUAUUCUGAACUGGUGGAGACAUUACUAUCAAGUCAACCAGACCCAGUUAUUUACCAGAGAUUAGCAGAUGCCUUCAACAAGCUCACUGCAAGCAGCACUCCUCCUACGCUGGAUCAGAAGCAGAAGAUGGCCUUUCUAAAGAGUUUAGAAGAAUUUAUGGCAAAUGUUGGUGGUCUCCUUUAUGUAAAAUAA